AUGUCACAGAGUGAUAAAAUUGUGGAAAAUGCCAUGUCUCCGUUGGCCGACUAUGGUUAUCAGAAAGGGAAGAAGGUUCAUAAUGGACUGAUCCUUAGAAACACAAUUUCUCAUCCUCCCCAUCCCGUCCUCCAAGAGGAUCAACUAGGACACAGGCGAGUCCAAAGGGAAAUCCCGCCCCCCCGCCCCAAAGCCAGCCGAACGCGCCAAACCAAACCAAAGGAGAGCCGCGCGGUGGGCGCCGCCGGCCCCCAGCGCACCGCCGCUCGGGGCAGCCCCGCGCAGGGCAGCCCGUCGAAAACCCCGGCCGAGCGCCCGCCUGCCGAGGCUCAGCCCGCCCCGCCGGCCGCAGCGCGCCCGUUCCCCGGCGGCGCCGUCCCCGGGCGGCGGGCGGCCGGGCGGGAGGCGCCGGCGGGGCAGAGGCCCCCGCGUGGCGGCGGCGUCGGGGGCCCAGCCGGCCGGAGCCCGGCGGGGACGCGCCCCUCGGAGACCCGGGAGCGACCCGGCCCGGCGGGCGGCCCCCCACCCCCGAGCGCCCCUCCCGAGCCCUCCACGGCCGCGGGCGCCCUCGCCUUACCUGGCCCGCGGCGGCGGUGGCGGCGGGCGCGGGGCCGGGAGCCGCUCCGGCAGCGGCGGCAGCGGCGGCGGCUGCCCUGUGGAUCGCAGCGGCUGCGGCUGCUCGGUUCCAGGCUGUGCGGGCUCAUCCCGUGCCAGCGACCUGCCGCGCACUACGGACCGUGGCAGGGCCCUCCCCAGAAGAGAGUGGCGAGGCUGACCUUGGCACCUGCGUCCCUUCUUAAGGAAAUUCUUGGAGAGGGAGGAAAAGUACUAGCAGACCCACGGUAG